AUGGCAGAAGUACCAAAACCGGUGUAUACCACAGAGUACAAGCCCCAUCCCAGUGAGAAGAUGAAGGCAGCUCUCUGGACGGGCACGAAAUCGAUCGAGCUGGGUGAGGUGCCCAAGCCCACAAUUACCGCACCCAAGGACGCCAUUGUGCACAUCACCCACUGCACCAUAUGUGGCUCGGACCUGCAUAUGUAUUGCGGGGCUCUGAACAAGGUCAUGCAAAAGGGGUUGAUCAUGGGCCAUGAGGCCAUCGGCAUCGUCGAGGAGGUUGGGCCUGAAGUCAAGAACUUGAAGGCAGGAGACCGGGUGAUCAUCCUGCCGGUCAUUGCGUGCGGAGAAUGCUUCUACUGCAAGCGCAAAGAGUUCUCUCUCUGCGACCGAACCAACCCGUCGAAGGAGUUGGAGCAGAUGUACGGGCAUCGCUUGUCGGGCAUCUUUGGCUAUUCCAUGAUUACGGGAGGAUAUCCUGGCGACCAGGCUGAGUACUGCCGCGUCCCUAACGCGGACCUCACCUGCGUCAAGGCUCCGAAGGAUGUAGAUGCCAAGAAACUGGUUGGUCUUGCGGAUGUGACACCUACUGCAUGGCACGGCUGCGAGCUGGCGGAAGUGGGCGAAGGCGACGUCGUUGGCGUCUGGGGCUGUGGUGCCGUCGGCCUCUCCAUCCAACGUUUGGCGAAGCUCCGUGGAGCCCACAAGGUUUAUGCAGUUGACAAAGACGUGAACAGGCUCAAAAUCGCGAAGUCUUUUGGCAUGAUUCCCGUCAAUGUGAACGAGCACCCUGAUCCGGCAGAUUACAUUCUGUCUAUUGAACCGCACGGCCUGGACCGCGGUAUCGAAGCGAGCGGUUUCAGGAGCACCAACUCGGCCGCUCACGCCACCAUGAGAGCACUGGGCGUCGAGGGCGACAGCUCGGACACUGCCAGCGCAGUGAUCAAGGCGACGCGAAAGGGCGGAAAUGUCGCCCUUAUUGGCGACUUCUUCUUUACGACCAACAAUUUCCCUAUUGGAAUGUUGAUGGAAAAAGCCAUCACCCUGCGCGGUGGGCAGCUCUAUGCCGAGAAGGUAAUAUGCUCAUAUUCCCUCCGCCAUGAUAGCCACAAGAAGAGACGAAGAGAAGAAAGCACUGCGCCCCCCCGAAAACGGACGCUGCUAACUGCUGCCGUAUGA